AUGGCGAACGCUUUUGCACAAGGAGUUGGGCGGUUCAUUCCCAUGGUCGGAUACCACCAUGUGUUGAUGAUUCUUAUCGCAGUUGCAAUCAUCUUGCUAUCACUCUUGUUGGCUGGAUGCUCCUCAUCAUCCCCACAGAUCCCCAAUAUCUUCCUCAUCUCUAUGUACUAUGAAAAGUACAAGCCUGUCCUCGACCUCGCGCAAGUUGACCCCGGCGUGGUAACAGCCAUGUCCAACAUCGUACGCAGUGCCGAGUUGGAAGUUCGUGUGGGAUACUUUGGUAUUUGCAUUCAACCCGAUGGUGGCUCGUUCAUCUGCAACGCCAACGCCACUGCCCUCGCCGAGAUUGUCAACGUGGAUGCCGAUCCGCUCAACUUGAUCUGGGUUGCGUCAACGUUUAAGGAUGCAGUAGUGUUCCCAUACCUUCUAAUCGUCGCUGUCAUUCUGGCUUUCUUCUGCUUCAUCCUCCUCGCAACCUUCCCCGGAUGGCACGAGGAGCCUGAUGAGUCAGGUUCUGCUGUUGAAGUCAAGCCAUUCCCCUCUCGACCCGUCUCUCAGGCCGCCCUCGCCUUGAUCUUCGUGUCUUCCGUCUUCGUGCUCGUCUCAGUAUUAUGGCAGCAUACAGCAUCUGUCGCCGCCAGUACGAUAGCCCAAGAUAUGGGUAACAGCGUCGUCAAGAGCGGCGUUGGUACCUCAGCCAUGGUGCUCGGUUGGUUCGGUUUUGUGCUAUUGGUGAUCGUCACCAUCGGCCUCCUCAUCAUGAUCCUAAGUAUCAGUAUGCUUAGGAAAUUGACUGACGAGGACUGA